AUGGUUAAUUAUGACGAUCAUCGUGGCCUCCGAUUAGCAUUGGAUAUCUUUAAUGGUUUCAACAUUAUUGGCGGUGUAAUAAGUAUUGGUUUUGGAGUCUACCUUAUUGCGGUAACUAAAAGCAUGGGAGAAUAUCAGACAACUUCGACGCCCGUAGCAAUAAUAAUAUUCGGUGUUGUUCUUUUGAUUGCCGCAAUUCUUGGAAUUGUUGGAACCCAUAAAAACAAUGUCUGCAUGCUGAUUUCUUAUAAAUGUUGCGGAGGCACUGGUCCAUCAGAUUGGAAUCGCCAAAUUCCUGAAUCCUGUUGUGCCAAUGGGAUGCCGAAUUGCCCUUCGCCAUACAAAACGUUAUUAGUUAUCUCAAAGAGAAACAAUAUGGAUUGUGGCGGAAAAUGUCUUAAAUUCCUCAUGGUCUUCUUCAAUUUAAUUGUCUUCUUUGGAGGAGGCGUUAUGGCAGGAUAUGGUAUCUAUCUCCUUGUUGAAGCCAAAGAAGCGAGUGGAACUGUUUCCAUUGUACUUCCCGCUUUUAUUACGACUUUCGGUCUUUUGGUAUUCUUCAUAGCCUUUCUGGGAUGUUGCGGCGCCUGGAAAAACAAUUCCUGCAUGCUUAAGACUUUCGGCGUAAUCGUCAUAAUUCUCCUCAUUUGUGAAGCAGUAUGUGCUAUACUUCUUCUCGUUUACCGACACCAAUUCGUUGGGAUAGUUGAAGAGAAUUUCCAAAGCCUUAUUAAGGAGCUCGAGGAUAAGAAAAUCACUGAAGAUGAUCCCUCAAUCAAAACUAUCUAUAAAUUACAGAAGAGUCUUGAAUGCUGUGGUGGAUCAGGUCCGGAUGAUUGGUCAAACCCUCCAGAUUCUUGCUGUGAGGGGUCAGGUAGUGGCGGAUCUUGCACAACUUACAAAACUGGUUGUGCAAAAGCUAUGUAUCAAAAAGUCAAGGAUUCAGCACUCACAUUCGGUAUCAUAAUCCUCAUUCUUGCCCUCAUCCAAAUCGGUGCCAUCAUUUGUGCUUUCUGCUUGGCAAAGGAAGUCAAAAACUACGAAAGGAUUUAA